UUAUCAGAUUUUAUAUAAUUUCAUAUGAUUGUAUUUUUCGGUAUUGUAUUUUACAGAAAAAUGUAUUGCACUUUUUUUUUUAUAGAUUUGCGAUUUUUUUUCAGUAGCGAAUAGUAAUAAACAUCUUAUAUUCAAAUGGAUUGAAGAAAGAGAAGAAGAAAAUGCAGGAGUUUCAAACAUGUAUAUUGCAAAAAUACAACCUUUGAAAUAUUGUAUUAUUAGCGCAGAACCUACUACAAGAAAGCUAGUAUGGCCAUUGGCUACUUACAGUGGUCUGGGAGCAAAAUUCAGGUUCGUGCGUUACUUGAGUAGUCACAUAUUUAAUGUGUAUCUUCCGAGUGGACUGAUUGUGGUUCUCUCUUUCCUUUCUUUUUGGCUCAAUGUUCGAUCAGUUCCAGCCAGGGUGGCUCUGGGACUCACAUCUCUUCUAACUCUAUCUACCCAAGCAUCACAAGCUCGUUCUCAUUUACCACCAAUCAAUUACCUGACUGCUUUGGAUAUUUGGUUGUUUGCCUGCAUGAUGCUUGUGUUUUUAUCACUUCUAGAAUAUUCUAUCGUAUAUAGUCUUUACAGUAAAAAGAUUCAAGACAGGAAACGUCAUGUUGCUACUGCUUGGAGUGAUAUAAGAUCAAACAGUGUAGUAUCACCCCAAACACUUACAAAGAAAGCGGAAGUUAAAAAGAAACAGUUAAGCGCAAAUAAUGCUUCGCAAAAUGAGCCACUGGGACCAGAUUUCGAAGAAGAAACUCAACUGCUAGAUAAAAUCUGUAGAUUUCUGUUUCCUCUUUGUUUUUUAGUUUUUUCUUUGGCCUAUUGGAUUAACUAUUUAAGCAUAAAUCCUUGAUGUCAAAAUCAUAUUUAAUAUCUUUUAUAGCUAUUUCUAGAAAUAAAAAAAGGGAAAUGAAUUUUCUUAAAAAUUCAUGUAUAAGAAAGGAUAAUGUGGGAGAGUUGCAUCUUGCCCUGCGGUACAUCGAACCAGUGAAAAUCUUAGCGCAGUAUAUAGUUGAUGCCUUUGAAAAAGAGUUUUAUUGAUGUGUUCUAACACAAGUACAAUAUGUUGAUAAGUACCAUAUGUUGCUAUGUACCAUAUGUUCUUGAUCACAACAAAUAAUACUUGACCACUCCAGGUUUCGCCCUUUGUUAUUUUACGGUUACAGAAUAAGUUUCUAAAUUGAUUUGUUUCAAAAAUGAAUCCCUGAAGUAAAUUGAAAAAAGAAUUAAUGUAAAUAAAUAACGAAAUUCCAUUCUAUACCAAUUUUUUUAAAGAAAAAUUCCAUUAUUUUAGAUAUAACCAACUUAAUUUAGAUAUAACAAGCUUGUUGUAUCUUAGACGGUACAACAAGCUUAAGUAAAAUAACUCCUUAUUGUAAAGUUUAAUUUAAUAAGAAACGCGCUCUCGCACCUUGAUCCUGUCAAAAAUAUAAGUAAGACCACAAGUUAGUACCGUUAUAUUUUCCCGUUGACUUCAUUCAAAACAAGUUUUAAUUACGUGAAUAUUUAACUUCCUUCGAGUAACAAAUUCAGAAGAUAAUGACUAUUGUCCAAGGCACAACACCAUUUUACUUAAAUACACUACAGUAUUUAUUCACAAAAAUUCUCACAAGUUAUAUGCAUUUUUUGUAAUUAAUC